UCCUCGCUGAUGUAUUUAAUCCUUAUUUACUUGAACGUGUCCCAUUUGACAUGACUAAAUAUUAGGCUUCUUUAAAACGUCUAUUUUCUAAAACAAACAAAAUCUGAAUAUUGUAUUGUCGAAUCCAAAUACAAAUGACGCACUAUCUGAAAUCAAAGGUGUUUUUGCAUCUUGCAGCGUUGAUCUGUGCUGUUGGGAGUGUUUCUGGUGAGUGUGAGAUAUCACAAUGCUCUGACCCAUCUACCUGCACUUUGUCGCAGAGGCGAACCUGUAAAUGCGCAGUUGGCUACUUUGGAGAUCUCUGUGACCAGGUUGCGACAACGAAUGUGACGUGUGGCAAAGACUUCAUGUCCAUCCUAGUGGGGGAAGAGUUCUUCAGGUACUACAAUGUGGGAAUAGAAGCUGUUCAUUUGAUUAACGCCAGCUGCCGUGCCCAUCGAGAGGAGAUCUCUGGAUCAGCCUAUUUCACAGUGCACACACCAAUGGACCAGUACACCGUCUGUGGAGGAAAACCUCUGGAGAAGAACAUAACGCACAUUGUGUACUCCUUAACGCUGAUGUCUGACCCACCUGUCUAUGGAAACAUUGUGAGAAAUCCAGUUGUGCAGAUUGAGUACAAGUGCAUCUAUCCGCACAUCAGAAGACUCAGCCUGGCGUUUCCCAUCAUCUCUUUCUCCAGUGAAAGAAUGUUCAAGGUGGAUGAAGUGGAUGCCAAAGUGGAGAUGAGUCUGUUUAAAGAUCACACAUACACUGAGGCUUUCACCAGUGCACCUACUAUUAAGCUUGGAGAUCAAAUCUAUGUCCAGAUCCAAGUGACGGAGCCUGAAGAUUUCUUCCAUCUGAAAGUAAAUGAGUGUUGGGCGACUCAGACUCCUCAAGCGGAUGAUACGUCAGGCUUUAGCCACAGACUGCUUGUAAAUGGGUGCACAAAUGACAAAACUACUUCAUUCGGUAACGAUACACCACAUCCUGCAGGAAGAAAUGGUGAGGGGUCGACUGUCCGUUAUUCGUUUGAUAUGUUUCGGUUUGUAUACGAGCCCCACAGUUUCUACUUGCACUGCACUGUGCAUCUCUGCACACCUGAAGAUGGAAAGUCUUGUAUUCCUGAAUGUAGAACCGUAUCCAAACGAGAGGUAGUUAUGGGUGAACAGACUCGAGGCCUGCUGUCUUAUGGGCCAAUCAGACGAGAGCUACCAGUCAGACCUAUGAUAAAUCUUCUCGCAUUGGUCCUUCCACUGGCAGUGAUUUGGACUCUGGGCAUCUUCCUUUUCAUCCUUAUCAGUAUCGCCAAAGCGGGAAAUCGACGCCACAUGACGAAUAGCUAAAUAAAUCACAAUUUCACCCAACAAUGGUUUGUGUUGGGUAUAAAAGCUACCUCAAAUACACACGCUAACUAUAUAUUAGCAUGUUAGCUCUGAGUGACAUGAUAACGGACCCUCAGUGAACAUUUAAAAUGUUCUGUCAAAAGUUUUUGAAGUAAAAAUUGUGGUGUAAAUGUGAUUUACAGAGACCAUUGAUCAAUCAGGGCUGAUUUUUUUUUUCUCUACUGUAUAUGAAUCCCACUUUGUAUUUACAGUACUAAAUAUGAACAACAGGUGGCAGUGAGAGCUAAAAGUGGAAGCCACAUUUACAUAACUGUUUUGUUUUUGUUCUUCAAAUAAAUCAAUUUC